UUUCGUUUUGUACCUCUUAAGCCUGUUUUCUUUGACAUUUUCUGUUGCUGUGGGUGCAACUUCCGCCGACAUAAAGGACUAUGACACAAGAUUGCAACAUUCACGUGCUGUUUUUGAAAUUGUGGCAUAUGGCUUUGUAAUUAAAGCAAUUUUUCAUGAAAUUCUCCAAGUGGUGAGGCAUGGCCUCACUUACUGCAAACAACUUCUCAAUUGGUUGGAGCUAAUUUCAGCGGUACUCUUGUUGCUAGUACUUCCCGUGCGUUACAUUAAUAUCCGGGCUCAUUGGUAUAUAUUCGCUGUGGGAUAUUUCCUAUGGGUGAUAAAGAUCUUCAAAUAUGCAGUAGUUUUCAGCGAAACUGGGGCUUAUGCAGAGUCACUUAGAACAAUCUUUUGGAGAAACUUUAUUCCGUUCAGUUUGCUGUUUUGUAUUAUAAACCUUGCAUUUGGAGGGACUUUUCUUCUUGUCCUGAAAGGCGAUGGAGACUUGGACGUUCAUGACGAAACAAGCUCUAUGUGGGGAAUAUGGUUUGUUGGAUUAAGGACGAUGAUAGAGGCCCAGCCAAUUGUAGAAUACACUGGUUCUGAAGGCUACAGACCAAUGGGAACAGUUGUAAUGUUGAUGUUUAUUGCCAUGACGAUAGUUGUUUUGCUGAAUAUCCUCAUCGCCCAGCUGACCGAAACGUACCAUAUCAUUCAAAGCGACGCUCGGAAAUCUGUUGUCGUAAAUAGGGCUUGGAUUAUUGCUCGGUUGGAGAGAAACGCUGUACCCUGUACAUCUCAGUGUAUCCCGGAAUGCCUCAAAAAUUGUCUGCCAGUGUGUCUGUCACAGUGCUUACAAGAGGAAGGAAAUAGAGUGUAUGAAAGGUAUUUCACCAGUAAAGGCUUUAAAAUGCUUCAGAAGCACUCUACCCCAAUGGAACAGAUCAGCUCCGCAUUAGCUCAAGUAGAAAACAAAGUAGUAAAGUCAGAUCUUAAAGUACAGACGGUAAAAACAAGACUUAGGAAGAUGGAAGAAAAACUGGAGAGAAAACUUAAUGAUAUAGAGAAAGCACUACAUUCAUUUAAGAGAUAGGUUAUAGUAACUGUUACAGUACAAGACAUAGCACUAAUACAGUUUUAAACUAUAAAGUGUAACUAAAUAAGUUUGUGUGAUGAUAUAUGACAUUAAAUACUGAGUAUAGUUGUGAUAUACUAAUUUCAUAACUUUUUAACAUGAUGUUUUAGCUUAUCUGGAACUUCUUACAUAACGUCCGUGUAGUUUCCCUUGUUAUUAAGCCAUUGUAAAAUAUGUCUUUGAUUAAAAUGGAUGGAAGUAAUCUGACUAUGAAAUAGUUGUCAAAUUCAUGCAUUUUGU